AUGAAGGCAAUUAUAUUUGCACUUUUAUUCGUUUUCAUUUUAGGAAUCGCUAAUUGUUAUGACAUCGCUCGUGUGACGCCAAUUUACGAAGGAUGCAAGUCCCAAUUUCCAUCCAUAGAAAAAUUUCCAACAAUCCCAGAGAUGAUGGCCACCACUUUUGAAACGUCCAAUCCUCAAAUAAAAUGCUUCAUACAUUGCAUCAUCGAAACGGCCGGAGAGGUAGAUGCCACUGGAAAUCUAGUUGUAGCCGGUUUGAAGAGCAUGGGAUGGGGUGACGAAACCAAAAUUUCAGCAGCAGCUAACGAAUGCAUUGGAAUCAAGGGUAUAGACAAAUGUGACACUUCGUAUCAGCAAUACGGGUGUUUUAUGAUGAAAAUGAUGUAA